GGCCCUAGUUGGAGCGUGGGGCGCGUGCGUUCCUCGUGCCUCAAUAACCCUGUCGAAAUGGAUAUACAUGCGUUGCCUGAAACAGGGCAUGAUUCAGAAGUUCUCCCUGAAAAUAAUGUGGAAGAGCAUGAUGAACCAUUUGACAACCACAGAGCUCAAGCACAUCCAGAGGACCCUGCACUGUCACCAGGUUUAACAAAGAGAUCUCCAACAAUUGAAGACAACCCGAGCCUGAGGGUUCCGUUCAACCGUGGCUGGCGGCGCGAGGUAGUUCAGCGAGCGUGCACCGACGAGCAGCGGCCCGGCCAGAUCCGCGCCGAUGCUUACUACUUCUCCCCCCGCGGCAAGAAGCUGCGGUCCAUCAAGGAGGUCGAUGCGUACCUGAAGAAGACGGGUUCGAGCCUGGCCCUGGGAUGUUUUUCGUUCAGCCGCCAUCUUCUGGGCGUCGGACGGCCGCUCGAGCAGCUGCGCAAGGCGCGACCGGUGGUACCGACCGGCAGCCCCCAUCCUGCGGGCGAGAAGGCCGCCGCCCCCGCCGGCAAGGUGCCAAGGAAGAACCAUACCAUCACAAUUGGGUCGGCUUCAUCUGUGAUCAAGAUUCCAUCCGCUCCAGUGUCACAGUCACUGCGAGUUCCAUAUUCCAUCCGCUCCAGCGUCACAUCCAACUAA